AUGGCCAUACAUUCAACUACCUUGUUGCAGAUGGAUUUAGGGAGUCUGAUGGCUUUUCUUGAGGGAGUCAAGGAGGAUUUGACUAAGAAAUAUGAGGGUGGGAAAGAUGCUACCGACAAAGUCAUCUUUCAUUCAACAAAACCCACAAAACGAAACAUCUGGAAGAACAGCCAUCAGCAACAAAGGAUUUACAUUCACUUGAUUUGA